AUGGCUCGCUGGUCGAACAUCGACAUCACGACAUGUGAUCACCAACUCGAGUGUCCGCUUUUCAGCGUUAUCCCCGGUGAGAUCCGCAACGAGAUAUUUGCGCUCGCCCUCAUCCAAUAUGAAGACGACAAGUCCGCGUACCCUGAGGAAUCGUACUGGUACAGACCGGGGUUCAGGGGGCCGAGGAGGAGCAGCAGCGCGCUCCUCCGGACAUGCAAGCUGGCAUACGAGGAGGGCCAGACGGUCUUUCUAAGGGAACUGGAGUUUGGGUUCUGGUUCGACCGCGGUCCGGAGGGCCGGACGGGCAACGAAAGCUGCGAGCGCUUCUUCAACCGGCUCACGAUGCGGCAGUCGUGCCAACUCCGACGGGUCCGCCUGUUCACGCAGAUGUUCUGGCUCGAGCAGGGUCACAACAUCCAGCGGAUCUUCAUGCAACCGCGAUUCCGGCCCGAGACGCUGACGGUCACGGUGCGGUACUCGGACUGGUGGCACUGGGAGGAGGACAAGCCGCUGCGCAUGGCGGAGGACUGGCUGCGCGGGUUCCGCGGACCGGCCGGGCUGCGGGAGUUGAGGGUGGAGUACGAGACGCUGGCGCGGAAGAAGGACGAGAUGAUGAAGAUCGUGAAGAGGAACAAGGGUUGGAAGCUGGCUGUAGGGAAGAAGGGGAUGGGCGGGGUCGAGACGGAGGGAGGGUACCUGAGCGCCGAGGGGACGAAGCUGGGGGAGUGGCGGUGGAGAGGCACGAGCAAGCUGGGGGGCAGGGAGUGGGCGCACCACGGGGAGGGGGAUACGGUCGAGUACGUGGUCGUGACGGAUACGUGGAGGUUCGUGGAGGGGAUCAUGCCCAAGGAGGACGAGGCGAGGCGCGACGAGAGGCGUGCCCUCUUUCCGUUGCUGCCCCAUCGUCUCUACGGCAACGGACUGCAACCACCGUUGUUCUUGAUGUAG